AUGAAAAUUAAAGUUACAUUCCAAGAAAGGAUAAUUGAACAUAAUUUUGAAACAGAAAUUACAAAUCUUCAACAAGUAACUCAAAAAUUAUGUUCGUUAUUUUUAAUUACAAAUUAUUAUUCAUAUUCUUUAUUUUUAUCAUCUGGUCAAUUAGUUGAUAAUAUAAAUUUAAUUGAUGAAGGAUCAGAAAUUAUAAUUAAACAUUUAAAUAGAUUAGGUACAAUUUCAAUUGGUAGUGGUUAUAGUAAUAGUGUAGUUGGAACAACAAAUAAUAAUGCACCAUCAUCACCAUCAUCAAGUAUAAAUAUUAAUGGUCAACAAAUUCAACAACAAAUUCAACAACAAAUUCAACAACAACAACAACAACAACAACAACAACAACAACAAGUUCAAUUAUCACCAGAUACAUUAAUUAAUAAUUUAUUAAAUAAUUUAAAAGAUAAUACAUUUAAAAAGAAAGCAUUUUUUGAUUUAAAAGAUUUAAAAGAAGAAAUUUUAAUUAAAAAAUUUGUUGAAAAGAAUGGUAUUGAAGUUAUUGUAUGUCAAUUAAAGGAAUUGACAGGUAACACAUUGAGUUAUGCAUUAUCAGCAUUACAAACUAUAAUGUCAUAUGAGUUUACUAUUACAUCAAUGACAUCGACAGAUACUGCAUCAUUGAUAACUCAAUUAUUACCAUUAACUGAGAAUACAAGUAAUCCAAGUAUUUCAAAAACAUCCUUAUCUUUAUUAUGCUUAUUUUUAAAUCAAAGUAAUAAUUUAAAUUUCAAACAAUUCUCAAGUACAUUAGUAUUGGAAUAUAAUGAAAAAACUAAACGAAAUUAUAACCAUACUCUAGUGCAAUUAUUAAGUUCUUCAAAUACUGUAGAUGUUCAAUUGAAUGCAUUAACAUUGAUAAAUAUAAUAAUUGGUAAAACUAUGUCAACAACCAUUCCAGGUUUAGAGAAUGGCAGUGUCACCGGUGGUGAGAAUGGGUUUAAUAAAUUAUUAAAAGAGUUGGAUGAAUAUGAGAUAAAUCAAAAGUUAAAGAAAUUGGUUGAAUCAAUUAUUGUAGCACCGGAAUUAAAGAGACAGUUAUACAUUUACCAACGUCAUAGAUUCCAAGUUAUAACUAAUAGAAAGAAUGUUACAUUUAAUAAAGAGUCUAGUGAGCAUGAUGCAUUGUUAAUGAAACUUUGGUCAUUAACAUAUCCAGGUGUGAAAUUAGAAUCACGUGUAUCUGAACAAUGGAAACAAAUGGGUUUUCAAGGUACUGAUCCAUGUACAGACUUUCGUGCUAUGGGUAUUUGGGGAUUAGAUAAUUUAAUUUAUUUCGCUCAAAAUUAUAAUGAAAAGUUUAGAAAAAUUGUUAAUAGUCAAAUAGACAGAAAAGAACGUGAAUAUCCAACUGCUACAGCUGGUAUAGUCUUAACAUUUGAAUUAUACAACUCAAUCUUUAAAAUGGGUACACCAAAUUUAAAUCCAUAUAAUAGCACCACUAGCAAUACCACUAGCAAUACCACUAGCACUACCAAUAUCGAUGAUUUACCUUUCUUUCCACUAUUUUUCUCACAUCCUCAUGCAUUUGAGGAAGUUUAUUGUACAACAUUUCAAAUAUUAGAUUCAACAUGGGAUGAUAUGAAUGGUACUUAUAUGCAUUUUCAAAAGAUUAUGUCAUCUGUUAAAAAUUUAAUUAUUACAGCAUUAGAAUCAAAACCAACUACUUUGGAAGCUUUUGAUUGGAAAUGUCAAAAAAAUACUAAAAAUUCAAAUGGUGGUACAAAUUCAAAUCAAAAUAAUUCAUCAUCAAAUUUACUAUUAUCAAAUUUUGCAAAUGGUUCUUCAUUACUAUCUUUAUUAAAUGACCUAAGUUCAUCAUCUAGAGAUGAUAUGAAAAAGUUGUUAACUGGUGUAAAUUAUCAAGUUUUAGAUUUAAUAAAGUCUCAAAAAAUAUCAUACUUUCAAGAAGGUUUUCAAUUUAAAUUACAUAAACAAUUAAAAACUAAACAAUCUUUACCAUUAAAUUGGAUUUUUAUACGUUUAUUUAAUAAUAAUAAUAAUAAUAACAACAAUAAUGAAAAUUGUUCAUAUGAAAUUCAAUAUUGUUUUUUAUCAACUGAAUUAAAUCAACCACCAUUACCAAAUCAAUCAAUUCCAACAAAUUAUAAUACUAUUAAAAUUAGUGAUCUUUUUUUUAAUGGUGAAUCUACAAAUUCAAAUAAUAAAAAAAAAGAUAAAUCAUUAUCUUAUUUUAAUAUUUCAAUUAAAGAUGAACAAAUUCAAUCAUUAAUUCAAAAUCAAUUACCACUUUCAAAUUUAAAUAAUAGUAGUAAUAGUUUACAACUUGAUUCUUCAACAAGUAUGAAUAGUAUUAAAGAUAGUAUAAUUAAUAUAAGUAGUAGUAAUAAUAAUAUUAAAGAUAAUUUAACAAAUAAUAAUACAAAUACAAAUACAAAUAAUACAAAUAAUAAUACAAGCAAUGGUAAUGGUAAUAGUAAUAGUGUUAGUAUGAGUAGUAUUAAUAUUAAUAAUAGUGGUCAAUUAUCACCAAAUACAACAUCACCGAUUUUAAUACCACAACAACAACAACAACAACCACAAUCAUCAUCAUUAUCAGUACAACAUCAACAAAGUUCAACACCAACACCAUCAUCACCAGUAUUACUAUCAUCACCAUCAUUACAAUCAUCUUCAUCAUCUUCAUCAUCUUCAUCAAAUCCAAAUCUAUUUACAAUUGAUUUAAUAUCUUCAAAUAGAGAUGAUGUUUCAAACUUUUGGGAUUCUAUUAAAUUAUUAUCAGGUCAAGAAAUUAAGAGUCAAGAAGGUUUAGAUGAUUAUCAUUCAUUAUUAUCAAUAAAUACUUCUGUUAAAUUAUUGGAUUUAGAUGGUAUUGAUAUUCCAAAAGAAACUCCUCAAAUUCCAAUUUUACCUGAUAAUUUUGAUUUUAGAACUGUAUAA